AUGGCGUCUACGACUGGAGUGGUGCGAGCGGGCGCGGGAACCCCUGACGUGGUGGAUGUAGCUGAGCUGCUGCUGCUUGGCGAGGACUGCGCUAAGCAUGGUCCCAGACUAGCCAAGAGGAUCACUGCGAGCAUGAGUAAGCGCGGCAGGAUUUGACUGUGCGACCCACAUCGCCUUCGUCCUCGUGGUGGGCGUUGAGCGACUGGCCCGAUGAUGCUUGUUGACUUUACUGAGCAAACGUGUGCCUUUAAAACUGCCGCACAAGUUUCGCAAGGCCAAGCGCCUGGCGGGAUGGCCAUAUUUGCUUUCGUAUGGCUCAAAGGCCGACCUGCUACUGUGGCCUCAGUCGAGCGUGAGCCGAGUGCUUUGUAUGUCGAGUCCACAGUCCCAAGCGCCAUUCAACGCUGGUAA